GUCUCCGCUAACCGAUAUAAACGUCACUGUUCGUCAUCAGUUCCAAAAUCCCGGAAUCGGGAUGUAUCGCGCGAAUCAAAAUGGCCAGCCGCAGAGAGGAAACGCGGACGGACUUCGCCAAAAUUGUCUCAAUGGAAGACAAGCCGCCUCCGUGAGUCAACCGCCGAUGACAAUCUCGGAGCAAUUCAGGGAGUCGUGGUUGACGGCUAUAAUUGGGUCCAUUAUGUUCGCCACUGGAAUGUGUCUUCUGUUUUGGAAUGAGGGAAGAGCCGUGAAAGUAGCGCAUUCCUUAGAUGAGGCUCUGCGUAAUGUAAUCGUGCUUCCUAAUUCCAUGAUGCUGUCACCUGAAUACGAAGGUCGCUUGAUACAUCUGUCAGGCCCCUUGCUAGUCUCCGAACCAUUAACUGAGCCAGAUUAUGGAGUCGUCAUGUCAAGUGUAAAAUUGAAGAGAAGGGUUCAAAUGUAUCAGUGGGUUGAAAUUGAAGAAGAACAAAGUUUUGGUGGAAUAACAGAGGAUGAAAAACAUUAUUACUACACGACAGAAUGGAAGGAUAAACUCGUGGAUUCAGAUCAUUUUUACAUUCGUACUGGCCAUCAUAAUCCGAAGGAAAUGCCAAUCAAAAGUCAGGUCCAGAUUGCGGAUGAAGUGAAGAUUGGCGCUUUUACACUUGGCAUGGAAUUGAAAAAAAAGUUCAGUGACUUUGUAGAGAUCACCAGCGAUGAACGACCAGAACGAAAGAACAUCAAGAUGCACUCUGGACUGUAUUACCACAGUGCAGAUUUGUGGAAUCCACAAGUAGGAGAUAUUAGGAUACAAUUUUCCUAUGCAGGAAAAAGCGGAGAUGUUUACUCAGUGGUUGGCUUGCUGGAAAAGGAUACAAUUAAACCAUAUUACACAUCUCAUGGUGAAGAGAUCUUGCUUCAACGAAGGCACAAAAUAUCAGUGGAUCAGAUGUUUCAUUUGGAGCACGUGCAUAAUUAUUGGCGAACUUGGACUGUCAGGUAAUUUUUAGAUAAAAAUAAA